GUAGCCUGCCGCCCGCGGUCCCCUCUCCUGGCCGCCGCCACCGGGGAGCAAUGGAGAAGAGGGCGGGCAGGCCCCAGCUGUGUCUGAUGCUGUUUCUGUCCUUCCCUCAGCUCUGCCUGGAUCAGGAGGUGUCACCUGGACACUCCCUGGAGACACCCCCCGAGGAGGGGCAGGGCCCUGAGGGCACCUGGGGCUCUUGGGACCAGUGGGCCUCUUGUUCCCAGCCCUGCGGGGUGGGGGUGCAGCUCAGGAGCCGGACUUGUCAGCUCCCUGCAGCUCAGCUCCACCAGGGCCUGCCUCUCCCUCCCCGGCCCCCAAGACACCCAGACGCCCCGCUCCCCAGGGGGCAGGGCCCUAGGCCCCAGGCCUCCCGAGAAGGCCUCUCCCUGUACAGACCACGUCCUCGGGGGAGAGGUGGCCCACUUCAAGGUCCAGCCCCCCAACUGGGGAGAGAGGAGACCCAGGAGAGUCCAGGAGCCAGGCGGUCCCGGCUCCGCGACCCCAUCAAGCCAGGGAUGUUUGGUUACGGGCGCGUGCCCUUCGCCCUGCCACUCCACCGGAACCGGAGGCACCCCCCGAGGCCGCCCAGCUCCGAGCUCUCCCAGCCCCCAGCCCCUCCAUCCCUGACUCCGGGGGCAGAGCCGGCCCCCACAAACCAAACCCCUCAGGCUCCGCUCCCUCCUCUAGAAUUGUCUGCCCACACCCCGCCUCCCCCAGCAGAACCUCCAAGUCCCAAAGCUGCCCAGACAGAGGUGCCCUCCAGAAGCAGGCCUGCCCCACCAGAGCCCACUCGUGCCCAGGCCUCAGGCACGGCCACCCCCGGGUCCACGCUCCCCCCAGGGAAAAAUAGCUCCUUCCACGUGCCCCUUCCGCCAAGAACACCCAGUUCCCAGGGUCGGGCCAGUCCCUGGGGGGCAGAGAGACACCCUAGUCCCGCCCUCUCUGCCCCUCGGGGCCACGGCCAGCAGCACUGGGUGCACCGGAGACCCGGGGGCGGUCGGCACAGGCCCCUCGCGCAGGCCGCCCCUCGCCACGCGGACGGCUGGCUGCCCCUGCUCAGCAGGCCCCACGCCAGCCCCCGCUGGAGCCUCUUUGCUCCCAGCAGCCCCGUCCCGAAGUGUCCCGGGGAGAGCGAGCAGCUCAGAGCCUGCAGCCAGGCGGUGACCCUGCCCCCCGAGCAGCCGGACCCGCGGGCCCUGCAGUGUGCCGCCUUCGACGCGCAGGAGUUCAUGGGCCGCCUGUACCAGUGGGAGCCCUUCACGGAAGUCCAGGGCUCCCAACGCUGCGAGCUGAACUGCCGCCCCCGGGGCUUCCGCUUCUACGUGCGUCACACCGAGAAGGUGCAGGACGGGACCCUGUGUCAGCCCGGAGCCCUCGACAUCUGCGUGGCGGGGCGCUGCCUGAGCCCCGGCUGCGAUGGGAUCCUGGGCUCCGGCCGGCGUCCAGACGGCUGCGGCGUCUGCGGGGGCGAUGGCUCUACCUGUCGCCUGGUCGCGGGGAACCUCACGGCCCGCGGGGGCCCCCUGGGCUAUCAGAAGAUCCUGUUCAUUCCCGCGGGAGCCUCCCGGCUGCAGAUCGCCCAGCUCCGGCCCAGCUCCAACUACCUGGCGCUCCGGGGCCCGGGGGGCCGGUCCAUCAUCAACGGAAACUGGGCUGUGGAUCCCCCCGGGGCCUACACGGCCGGGGGCACGACCUUCCAGUACAACCGGCCUCCUCGAGAAGAGGGCGCGGGGGAGACGCUGUCCGCAGAAGGCCCCACCACCCAGCCCGUGGACGUCUACAUGAUCUUUCAAGAGGAGAAUCCAGGCGUCUCUUACCAGUAUGUCAUCUCCUCGCCCCCAACGCUCGCCCCCACCCCGGAGCCCCGCGCCCCCCACCCCCAGCCGGAGAUUUUGAGGGUCGAGCCCCUACCUGCUUGCCCCCGGCCCCCCAGGACGCCAGGCGCCCUCCACCGUCAGGUGCGGAUCCCACAGAUGCCCGCCCUGCUGCGCCCCAGGACACCUCUGGGCUCUCCAGCUGGGUACUGGAAACGAGUGGGGCACUCGGAGUGCUCCGCCUCCUGUGGGAAAGGUGUCUGGCGCCCCAUCUUCCUCUGCACGUCCCGCGAGUCGGGAGAGGAACUGGAUGAACGUAGCUGCGCUGCGGCCACCAGACCCCCGGUCUCCCCGGAGCCCUGCCAUGGCCCCCCGUGUCCCCCAUACUGGGAGGCCGGCGAGUGGACGUCGUGCAGCCGCUCCUGCGGCCCCGGCACCCAGCACCGCCAGCUGCUCUGCCGGCAGGAGUUUGGGGGCGGUGGUUCCUCGGUGCCCCCCGAGCGCUGCGGGCACCUCCCACGGCCCAACAUCACCCAGCCCUGCCAGCUGCGCCUCUGCGGCCACUGGGAGGUCCGCUCGCCCUGGAGCAAGUGCUCCGUGAGGUGCGGCCGAGGCCAGAGGAGCCGCCAGGUUCGCUGCGUGGGAAGCAACGGAGAGGAAGUGAGCGAGCAGGAGUGCGCCUCGGGGCCCCCCAGGCCCCCCAGCAGAGAGGCCUGCAACAUGGGGCCCUGCACGACGGCCUGGUUCCACAGUGCCUGGAGCACCAAGUGCUCGGCCGAGUGCGGGACGGGGAUCCAGCGGCGCUCCGUGGUCUGCCUGGGCAGCGGGGAGGCGCAGGAGGCCGGGCCCAGCGAGCAGAGCUGCGCGCCGGGCAGCCGCCCCCCGGACAUGCGCGCCUGCAGCGUGGGGCCCUGCGAGCCGAGCCGGCGCUGGUACACCGGGCCCUGGGCGGAGUGCUCCUCGGAGUGCGGGGCGGGCACCCAGCGCAGGGACGUCAUCUGCGUGUCCAAACUCGGGGCCGAGUUCCACGUGACCGCCCGCAACUGCUCCCACCUGCCCCGGCCCCCUGCGCUGCAGCCGUGCCAGGGCCAGGGCUGCCAGGACCGCUGGUUUUCCACACCCUGGAGCCCGUGCUCUCGCUCCUGCCAGGGGGGCGUGCAGACGAGGGAGGCCCAGUGCCUGACUGCCAACCAGACCCUCGGCCUCCGCUGCCCCGGCCACCUGCGGCCCUCCCGGAAGCGGCCCUGCAACAGCCAACCGUGCGACCAGCGCCCAGACGACCAGUGCCAGGACGACUCCCCGCACUGCCCCCUGGUGGUGCAGGCGCGGCUCUGCGUGUACCCCUACUACACGGCCGCCUGCUGCCGCUCCUGCGCGCACGCGCUGCGGCGCCCCCCGCCCGAGCCCGCCUGA